AUGACUCACCCUAAGCGGCCACUGCGCGCUACAUCCACCACCUCUUCCUCCGCCGUCAGGAACAGCGCAAGCGCCAAUCACAGUGGGGGACCGUUCGUUCCUCCUUCCCACCGCUCGCCUUGCUCUCCUGUCAUGAAGAAGGCCAAGUCCCAGCAGACCCCAGGCGCGGCAUGCGCCCUCGACAAGAAUGGGCUCCAUCAGCCGCAGCAUCAACAGGCCCCAGGCGAUGAAGGUGGCCUUGCGGACGAGGACGCUAUGCUCGUCGAGCAUGAUGGCCUCAAGGCCGCCGCCGCUGAUCCCAUCCCGUCGACUGUGCUCACCACGGGGGCUGCUGCCAAUCUUACCAGGAAGAAGGCUAUUCCUCCGCAGCCCGCUGCCAAAAAGCAACUGGUGAUUAAACUCGUCAAAGGUGCUCUUGUUCCUCUGCAUCUAUGUUGUCUUCGGUCCAAUCCAUUCCCCCCUAGCAUUUCCUAACUUUCGAUUCAUUUAGCCGCCCAUAUUUCCUGUUCACGUUUCUAUCGUGUAUGCUCUGGACUCUGAUUUUUUCUGCCACCGUUGUGGGCGAAAUGAAUGGGUGCUAUUCUUUGGCACUUGGACCAAGAAGGCAGGCUCCUGAAGAGACAUUUUCAAGCGUUACGCUGAUCCCAGAUGUGUUCCUAGUUUUUUUCCGAAAGCGCAGAGGACUCCAUGAUAGCUGGCGCUAAUCACGGCUGGUGUGCAUAGGCAAAGUGACGCUGUGAUCUAAGGAUAAUUACUCACUUUCCCUUUUCUUUUUGGCCGUCAUCUCUAACACACAUGGUGACCCAAGUGGGGAAAUAAAACUUAUCUAUGGUUUCACCACUGUACAGUAACGCUUAUACCAAUUCCUGGGUCACGUAUGCUAUCCUCACUUAUGCUAUGUCGUUGUUCUAGUCGUAGAAGAUGAAAUUCCACAUGGUGUAGAAGAUGCAAGUAUUUAUGAAUGAAUAUAAAGGGGAAGAAGGAAAAUAGCAGGUCAUUCUGAGGGAUGUAUAUAGCUGUAGGAAGGAGAAAUAAAUCAGUGAUUCAUCAUAUUGGUUUUUUGAUAGGUGGUUGGCAACUGGAAGAACAUUGUUCUGUUAAUUGAUUUGUAAAGGUAAAAGUAGGGGAUGAGAUAUAACUUAUAUAUGAUUCAAAUUAGCAAAAUGAUCGGCCAAGAAAUGGAGGUUUUAUAUACCAAUCCGAUGAUUCAUUAUAUUGUAAGUCAGAUGACAUUUUAGCGAGCUAGCCUUGUACUCGUUUUGCAUAACAUUUUUCCAGUCGUUGAGUUUGACCUAUUUGGUACUACUCCAGGUUUAUGGCCCAUUUAGUCUCUCACCUAUUCCUUCAAAGAGUGGAUAGAUCUAGGCGGUUCAAAGCAUCCGUUUAAAUCCUUCUCUAAAUCUAUGCUUGUUGUUUUCCGUUCUAGAUAGUCUAUUAAGAAUGACACUCUAUGAAAAAAAUAUCGCUACAUAAGGAGGACAUGUGGAAUCCCAACAUUGUAGCAGCUGAAGAACAUUUCCAAUCUCUGAAGUCAUUGUGGCAGCUUUUGCGAUUGUCUAAAACACUUAAAGUCAGCAUUCUCCAGCUUCAUCUCCCAAAUACACGACCUAUAGAUGCAGGAAAAAUUCCAGCUUCUUGGUUGCCAGUUUCAAUUUAAGUGGGAACUUCAACAUGAAUAGAUUGAAUUUCAAUGGGAGAUCUUUUAUACAUUCACUUUUCGUGAUCAAUGUUAUGUAUUUUCAUAAAUAUGCCCAUGUUUCUUGAAAAUAAUUCAAUUUUUUUUUCUGAAAGUCAUUUUUCUUGGUCAGUUGAGAGUUUAUUUGUAACUUUUUAUUAUGCAUUUAUAUUUAUUAAUUGAUUUUUUUUUUCCCUCACUAAGGCAAGCCAAAAUUACCAACCAAUUUUGAAGAGGACACCUGGGCAAAAUUGAAGUCAGCUAUUACCGGUAUAUUUUUAAAGCAGCCUGACCCCUGUGAUUUAGAAAAGCUCUAUCAGGUGAAUUCAUCCGAUAUGUCUUGUUGUAGUUACUAUUUAAUCAUGUCUUAACUUAUUUAGUAAGUGCAGUGCCAAUAAACUCUUCCUGUUGCGUGUAGGCUGUUAGUGAUCUUUGUCUUCACAGGAUGGGGGGAAAUCUUUAUCGACGUAUUCAGAGAGAAUGUGAAGUACACAUAUCUACAGCACUACAAUCAUUGGUUGGGCAGAGCCCUGACUUGGUAGUAUUCUUGUGUUUGGUAGAGAAAUGUUGGCAGGACUUCUGUGAUCAGAUGCUAAUGAUUCGUGGUAUAGCAUUGUAUCUCGAUAGAACGUAUGUCAAGCAAACUCCAAAUGUUCGGUCUUUAUGGGACAUGGGUUUGCAGCUUUUUCGCAAACAUCUUUCAUUCUUCACGGAAGUAGAGCAUAAAACCGUCACUGGGCUUCUAAGAUUAAUUGAGCGGGAGAGGUAUGUAUCCCUAACUCUGUUCGUUGUUUUCUGCAAUGCUAAACAUUGGGGAUUUUGAAGUUAUACCACUUUCUCAUUCUUUGUUCUAGUUGUAGCAUACUGAUACUGUUCUUCUCUGAGGACCUAUAAUCUAUGUUUACUAUGGUACAGUAUCGGUUUUUACUCAUUAUGAGGCUUGCAUAAGCUGUGUUCGAUAAACAACAUUUCUGGUUUGAACUAAGAUAAAAAUCGUGGGCAUAGGUGAUAGAAAUCGUGGUUCUUUCGGAGGGAUUUUUCAAACAAUGGAAAUCUAUAUACAUCUCGUUGAAAAGAGACAUUGAUGGUUGUUCUGGCAUAAACGGCUUUUUUUCUGAUGUUUGUUUUGGGGGAAGUUCAUUAAAGGCAUUGCAUCUCAAAUAACAGUAGGUCGGUGCAUUGACCAUUUUACACAAGAAUAAGGUGACAAAAGCAAGGCGGUGGUCUACUAUCUUCUCAAUUCGAUUGCUUGCGAUGAUACCUCACAAAGUGUGGUUUGAUGGACAAUUCCAAUAAACAUUAUGAUCUUCAAACGCGUAUCUUAUCCCAUUCCAAUUUUAUGUCAAUAUUCUUUGAUGAACCGUCAAGUACUUCUCCCUAUCUUUGGCAUAUAAUUGCAGGGAUUAGCUUUGUAUUGUAUCAGAUUAUUUCUUUUUGUCCAAAGUGUUUUUUUUUUUACAUUUCAUGGAAAUAUCUCGGGAACAAUUAUGUAAACUAGGAUUUAGGAUACAUAGGGCAGCCUACCUAUUCUCUAUGGGGUCCAUGUCCUGAUGGUUCUUGUGUCAGGUCUCAGGCCAUACUAGCCAGCUGCAUAAUGGUUGAGGGGCUGUGUCUAUAAGAAUGGAUGUGAUAUUAUAGAUGGGACUGGGGUGUGUUGCAUGGUUCAUUUACUUGGCCCGAUCCGGUGAAACUUGGUUUUAGGUCUGGCCCUCAGUUUUUUUAAUUUUUUGAUUUGUUUGCUGAUAACAUCCCUAAUGUUUGUAAGGCUUGGCUUUUGAAGCUGACUGUGCUAGCUUGUUGAGCUCAAAGAUGAAAUGUGACGUGUUGCCAUUUGAUAAACGUGUUUUAGUCUAUUUUCAGUCAUCUAUUUUCUGUGGAAUUUACCGAUAUUAUUUGCUUUGUAAGUAUCUUUUCUCACCUAAGACCAUCUACUGGGGCGUAUAAUUUAGAUUGAAUCCCUCAGUGCUUUCUUUUGUUGAGGAUGGUUUUUUAAGAUGUUUGCGUAAUUUCUGCCAAAACUACAUAGAAGACUAAUACAUUGGAGACUUUAUUUUAAUCUAUAUUUAUCAGGAACCGGAGUAAACAUCAAAGUUUUACAACCAUUGUUUGAUUUCCUCAUUUACAUUUUUUGUGAUUAGAUACACCAAAGUCUGGUUCCAUUCCACCUUCUUCGUACCAAUUGUUAUUUAAAAUAUUUCCAAUCUACUGUUCUUUAUUCCGCUUUCAUCUUUCAUGUUCUUGACUUCAGGGAUCAAUUUAUUAAAAAACUUUUAGGGACAACGACGGUAAGAUUCGGCAUAAAGUAUCUUCCCAACAGAUAAUGAAAGUGUGACAUGUUCAUGAGUAGAUUAUCCUCUGCCGCUCCCAUAUCUAUGCGUUGUGAGAAAAAUAAGAAGACCUUGCCACAGCAAUAAAGGAUAAUGUAAUCUGAAGAAUUCAAAUAUCUCUUAAAUAAAAUAAACAAUUAUACUAUAAUUUCCUUUCUUUGCAAAAAGUACGCUGCACUAUAUUCGAAUUGAGGUAUAAAAUGGAUGAAUAUGAAACAGCAUGGAUUCAGUUGUUCUGUAAUAAGGGAACAACAAUUUUUUAAACUAGUGAUUAGUCUUUUUAAAGAUAUUUAAGUAAUUGACAGGGAAAUGUCAUAUGCCAAAUGGUUCUUCACCUAUAUCACUGGAUUCUCCGAGCAGAUACAGUUGAAAAAUGAAAGUAGAAGUGUAAUGCUCUUUUUCAUGAAGUCUUAUAAAUAAAGAGAGUUCGAGCUGAGAUUUUGGAUCUCAAAAAUCUAAGAGUAUAUCUACCAAAAGACAUUUUCAUUUUUUUCUUAAUAUAUUAAGAGGGAAUUAUCCACAACAUCAAUUGAGGCCUUUACAGUCCAAUGUACAUCAAACGCUUUCUAUAUGACGAAUACACUGAUUAGUAUUCUUGAAAGCAUAAUGGCUUUGUUGAGAGAGACUGGUGUGUAAAUUAUCAUCUUGAUGAUGUCUUGUACAAUUCUUGACUCAGUGUAUAAUCUUUUAAAUAUUGAAUUAUCUUUUUAUCUUCUAAUUUUGUAUUUCUUUUCUCUCAUUCAUGAUUCUUGCUAUAUUCUAAAGUUAAUUCAAAGUUACCUAGAGACUUAAAUCAGAUUAAAAAUAGCCUGAUUAUAACUGUAACACCAGGGAGAGACGUUUCAACAGUUCGUUUAGUAAAACUGAUUUCCUUUUUUAAUGUAUUUAUGAAUGCUGGGUAUUUUGCUUUAAAUCUUAGCGGAUUGGUUGUAAUUUAUUCUCUUAUUUUGUAAUCAUUGCUUCACAGUCUAUAUGCUCAUUUGGUUUCGAUAUGCAUAUCAGAUCAGGUGAAGCAGUUGAUAGAACGCUUCUCAAUCAUCUAUUGAAGAUGUUUACUGCCAUAGGAAUCUACACAGAGAGAUUUGAAAAACCAUUUCUUGAAUGCACUUCUGAAUUUUAUGCCUCUGAAGGUGUGAAAUACAUGCAGGAAUCGGAUGUUCCUGAUUACUUGAAACAUGUGGAGGUGCGUUCUUCAGAGUUGAUUUAUCAUGUUUCUCAUGUUUUCAGUGCUUACGUCAUGUUUCAUUCUCAUCUCUUUACUUUUUUAUUCAUUUGAUAGAAUAUUUGUAACUUUUUUCACAUAAAUCAUACAUCAUAAGCUUAAGUUUUGAUUCGAAAGAAACAUUGUGAUGUAUGUAAACAGUUGAGGCUACAUGAAGAGCAUGAAAGAUGCUUGCUCUACCUAGAUGGAAGUACGGGAAAGCCUCUGGUGGCAACUGCUGAAAGGCAACUUCUUUCUUGCCAUGUAUCUGCAAUUCUUGAUAAGGUGAACAGCCCUACAUUGCCUUAUUUACACUUUCCCUCUUGAAACAUUUCUUUUAAUUAUGAUAAUACUUUUCUGUUGUUUAGGGAUUCACAGUGCUGAUGAAUGGAAGUCGCAUUGAUGAUCUCCGACGAAUGUAUAACUUGUUUUCGAGGGUUAAUGCCUUGGAAUUAUUAAGACAAGCCCUCAGCUCUUACAUCCGGGGAACUGGACAGGGAAUUGUUAUGGAUGAAGAAAAAGAUAAGGACUUAGUUUCCUGUCUCCUAGACUUUAAGGCUACUGUUGAUACUAUUUGGGAGGAAGGUUUUUUCAGAAAUGAAUCAUUUUCCAACACAAUAAAGGAUGCAUUUGAGCAUCUCAUCAAUCUCCGUCAGGUGGGCCAUAUUUCUUUCCUUCUAUUUUUAAUCUUUUUGUUCUAUUUGCUUACCGAACUUCUGUUGGAAUGGGUUUCUAUUCUAUUUGAGUUAAAAAUUUUGAUAUUCAAGAAACAUUUGAGGUAUUUCGGCAAAAUAGCUACUCAAAGUCCUAAUUGAGAAUUCUAAUCGCGCCUUUUGUUUUAAAGCUUGUAUGUUGUACUGCAAAAGCAGAGUAAAUGAUUCUAAAGUAAUUUUUGGAGGUGAAAUUUGGUCCAGCUACAUUUUCGUUUCCAUUGUUUGCAAAGACCUAUAAACAAAGGUCAUUCCAGAUUUUUUAAUGUGCAAUUUUACUGUAGAAAAUCCAUCCAUUGUUCUUUCGUAGAUUUUUUUCGUUCAUGUUUUCGUUUACAUGUAUGAUAAUAACAGUUUUCAACUUUUAAUCAUGUUGAUCCUAAUCUUGAUCUAUCCUACUAUAUUUCAUUGUCUAAUCGAAUUAAACUCAACUUUUGCUAAAGUCAAAUAUAUAUUUAGUAAUCACUAUCUACAUUUUGAAUCGUAAAUAUAUAAUAUUCGUGAAUCUUGUAGCACCACUGUCAUGUGGAUCUGCCAUCUCAACGUAUGGAUCUGAUCAGAUGGCCAAUUCAGCUUUCCCUAGGGAUCUGACUAUUUUUGGCGUAUACUUAGACAUGAUUCUAAUAAAAUGGCUAUUGAGUAAUUAUUCCCCCCACACUUUUCCAUCUUGUUUUGCUAGUACCGCUCUUUCUUCUGUUCUUCUUUCAUUGUUAGCUGCAAAUGGGGCCCUUUAGUUCUUUUUUUCUAAUCAUGAUAUUGAUGGUACAAGGAACUCUGUGAGAGGCAUAGCACAAAAUUGGCCUUAGUGAUAUUAGUCAAUUUCUAGAUGAUUCUGUCCUUUCCUUUUUCGUAUCAAUCUUUCAUGAGGAUCCAGUACUUUGCUUGAAUUGGAUUGGGAUGCCUUAUCCUGAUUAGAAUUGUCUGAGUCUGGAAAUCAUGUGUGCUCGACAUUAGGUAAGCAUGAUUGGCUCCUAUCUUCAUGUUUUGUAGAUUAUUUCAGGAGAAUUGAAGGAAGUGUUUUUGUGCUGUAUCAUAUAGAUCUUCGUUUGGUUCCUGCUGCACCUAAUCGUAGGAGUUUUCCAAUUCGUUAAAAAUCACCCAAUGAUGGUGCAAGCUAUUCCUUGUAAGCUAUGACUUUUAUAAAGUUUGUGUACAUUUUUUACUUCGUUUUGUGAUUGUUUAUAUGUUGGCUCACAGGACAAUCCAAAUCAGGAGGCAUUGAUUCCCUCAAUAUACAGAUUCUUUUUUCUCUGGAUGCCAUCAGCAUCUGCAUAAUUUCCGAUCUUUGUCGUGUUUGUAUUUUUCUGUAGCACAAAGAAAAAUCUAUUCAGUAUUCAUGCAUAUGUUUGAUCUCUCGUGAAAAAUAUUUACUCUUUCGUCCUGACAUAUUAGUUAUGCUUAUGUUCUUUCAAUUUUCGCUUGUGUUUCAAUCGAUUUUUUGUGGCAUGAGGCUUCUACACACCAACAAUGAGAACGUUGCAUGUUCUUGUAUAGCUGUUUUAGCUUGUCCUGGGUUGGUUAUCUCUAUUAUCAAACUACAUUGUUGAUCUACUCGUGCUGUAUGCUGCUGUCUUCUGAGUGUUGAUUCAACUGAUGAUUGCAUCUCUUGUUCCUUAAAUUAGAACCGGCCAGCGGAACUCAUUGCUAAGUUUCUCGAUGAGAAGCUUCGGGCUGGUAACAAAGGUACAUCUGAAGAAGAAUUGGAAGGAACUCUUGAUAAAGUUCUAGUUUUAUUCAGAUUCAUACAAGUAAGCCACUUUUAUGCGUUUUUCGCUGUUUUUCUUUUUCUUUUUAUUGAAGCUGUAAUGAAAUAUGAAAUUAUUUUUUUCCCCUUGAAAAGUCAGAGGUAUUUACUUUUGUAUUGUUUUCUACUUAUUUCUUGCGUUUUCUUUUGCUAAAAGUUUCGUCUUUUGUGUUAUUCAGGGUAAAGAUGUGUUUGAGGCAUUCUAUAAAAAGGAUCUUGCUAAACGGUUGUUGUUGGGAAAGAGUGCCUCCAUUGAUGCUGAGAAGUCAAUGAUAUCCAAAGUAAUCUAUAUUUUCAGAAAUUUGUUCACGGUUAGAAAAUAAUAAAUUUCAGGAAAUUCUCAUUGCAUUAUUUUUUUCCCUAUUUCAGCUCAAAGCGGAGUGUGGUAGCCAGUUUACAAAUAAAUUGGAGGGGAUGUUUAAGGUUUGGGUGUCUAUAAUUUCUUCUCCUUUUUUAUUGGAUUUUUUUAAUUUGGUACGAUACCCUUUUUCUAUAUAAUCCUUACGUUCCCUGUUAUUUAUUACUCAUAUUACAAGGGUUUAAUUCUAUUAAAGGGGGUUACUGUUAAUCAUAUGAAGCUUUCUCAUUCACCAAGGGUAUGAGUCCUUCCUCCUUGUCCCAAAAGUUUUUGCCUGAUUACUCUAAAUCCAGUCAAGAUACAGAAAAAAAAGACGAGUAGUAUGUUAAAUUUGUGUAUGGUUAGCUUCAAAAUUGAUUAGAAUCAGAAGUAUUGCAAACUGUUGUGAUUCUGUUUAUCACUCCCUUUGCAUUAAUUGGGAUGGCAGUAGGAACUAACCCACAGAAGAAUACAAGGUUUCCCCCUUUUGAGUUAGGAAACCCCCUCCCGUCCGAGCUCAGUGAGAUUAGAGUUUUAUAUGUAGAGAGAGGAAUUCGGAUGAAAUUAGUGAAAUAAAUUUCGGAAAUCCUCUUCUUGUUGACCUCGGGAUGCAAUGCCAUCAUCGUGAUGAGCUUUGGAAAAUUCAAGUCCACCUUGGAAUCUCAGAAGCUAUUCCAAAUGUUUGGUAAUGUUUGAAGGAAUAAUAAUUAUUUUUGGUAAUGUUUUUCUAACAUCUACACACUGUUACGUAUUUUUUUGUCUUUUGACAUAUUUCAUUUAUUACUAUGAAUCUGGUCCUUGUUGAUGUUUAGUAAAUGCUUAUAACUUUCUGUGCAGGACUUGUUGACAAAGGAUUUUUGUAUUAUAAGAGCUUUUUUAGGCCUCUAGUUGCCAUUGUUUUAUGACUUCGUCAUUUAGUUAUUUAGUAAAUGCCUAUAGGUUUCCUUGUAUAACUCCUUUUUGUGAGUUUUUUCAUUCUUUACCCUGAGAACGAUAAAUAUGGAUGUUUACUUUUCUAUAUGACUCCAUGGAAAAUUUGGCCAAAUCAUCCUAUGAAAAACUCUAAUUGAUGCAUGUUUUCAUUGACAGACAGUCUACACUUCAAAGUUAAAAUCAAAUGGGAACUAGGACAUAUAAUUUGGAGUUUCUUGAUCUGUAUAUCAAAAGUGGGCUGUCACUGUGUUGUAAAAUUGUCAUUUCCUUGGAUGCCUGAGGAUCAGUCAUUUCAGCUUAGGAGAAAAGUAAAAAAUGGAGGGACACGAUUUUUUUAUGUUGUGCAAGAUGAUGACCCAUGUUCUUCUUACCUGGAAGGACGUCGAUGAAUUGUACCGGAAGUAGGAAACAAUGGGGUGAUUCUUAGGUAGCUAUGAUUGUUUCAGUAAUGCAAGGUACAGAAUUGGCUUCAGAAAUUCACCGUAAAACCUAUUUUUGCGGAAGGUGGGCCUUUGUACACGAUGAACACUUGAUCGAAUGUAAACGUUGUAAAAAGUAAAGGAUUACUAUAACUUUAGGGGAAUAUUCUGACAAGCAAAUUAAUCUGAAGAAACCUGGAAAUCAUUCAUACAAUGUGUAGGCUUCUUCAAGAUCGUUUAUUUAACCUCUGAUGUUUAUUCGUAUGUCUAUUUUAUUUUUUUUAUUUGCAGAAAUAUUGAGGUUGCUUGCUUUUAUGGGUAUUUCCUGACCUUCUACUAUUUUCUGCCAUCUUAUUAAAUCUAAGAAUUUGGGGUGCAGUAUUUCUGCUGUUUUUUGGUCUUAGAAAUAUCAUUCCCUCCAUUUUUGGCAUCUUUUUUGUGUUCUGGACAUUCAUCCUGUCAUCCUCUGUAUAUGUUCUUCUAAUUUAUUUUCACGGGAAUCUGUUUCUUUUUGCCUUAAGAUAUCUUCGUGUUUACCUUGGCACACUCCAUUAAGAAAAACAAUAGAUGGGCGUAUUGAACAGAAUUGCCUCACAUAAUCGACUAUUCUUUGGAUGAAACCUCUCUUCUUGCUUGGGUGACCUUUCUUAUCUGUCUUCUCACUCUGUCCUAGGCCCGGCAAUAAUCAGAUGCUGGUGUCACAUCUGUUCUAAAUAUGUUCCGACUCCUCUCUUUCCAAAGUUUUCCUUAAAUUGUCCUCGUCCAGUAAGGAUAGUAUCUACCUUAGCCCUGUCUCUGGCCCCCAGGCAACCGCAGUCUUUUUAGAAAGCGUCUACUUUUUCUGCAUUAGUGCAGCAGAACCAAGAGGUAGUAUCCUAAUUAUCUGUGUGUAUGUUUUGGAUUUACCAUCAAGUUGUUUGAUUUUAAAAUAUUUAUUAUUAUUCUCCGUCCAAUUCGAGGAUGUGUUGCGCAUCCAAUUUGAGCUCAUAUAAUGUCUCGCGAAUGCUUUUACAGGACAUUGAAUUGUCAAAAGAAAUCAAUGAUUCUUUUAAGCAGUCAUCUCAAGCGAGGACGAAGCUUCCUUCUGGUAUUGAGAUGAGCGUACAUGUUUUAACAACUGGGUAUGUUUACUUGUUGCCCCUUCCAUAUUUUCUACAAUUGGUCUAUGGUUAUUAUUACUAUUCUGGGACGACAUUUUCCUCUCUGCUGCAUUCACUCUCCAUUGAGAUGUGUCGGCAGGUACUGGCCUACAUAUCCACCGAUGGACGUUAGGCUUCCUCAUGAGCUUAAUGUUUACCAGGUAUGUCUAUGAAUACUUUGUUGGCCAUUCUUCAGUGUUUCUCCGGCUCCUGUUUUUUGUCUCCUCAACACAUACUUGUUGACAUGACAGGAUAUAUUCAAGGAAUUCUACUUGAGUAAGCACAGUGGCAGACGCCUGAUGUGGCAGAACUCCUUGGGCCAUUGUGUGCUGAAAGCCCAUUUCCCCAGGGGUAAAAAGGAAUUGGCAGUCUCACUAUUCCAGGUAAAUUUGGGAUGAUGUGAUUGGAAUGGCAUGGAGGAUUGUCGCUAUGAAAAAAAUCAAGCAUCGGUUCCUUGCAUGUUGCAGACUGUCGUUUUGAUGCUGUUCAACGAUGCCCAAAAGCUCACUUUCCAAGACGUCAAGGACUCAACCAGCAUAGAGGAUAAGGAAUUACGCAGGACCCUGCAGUCCCUUGCAUGCGGCAAAGUUCGUGUGCUUCAGAAGGUGAAUUAUUUUCCUCCUAAAUAUCAGCGUCUGGGAUCUGCAUUUUAUUACAGUAGAGUGAAUUCUCUUCUUGGGAAUGCUUCUCAGAACCCUAAAGGAAGAGAAGUGGAGGAUGAUGAUGAAUUUGUGUUCAAUGAGGAGUUCAGCGCUCCUCUCUACCGCAUAAAGGUAAGCCACCUUUCCACCGAAAGUCGUUUUCUUUAAUAUAUUUGCCUCGUUCGCAGUCUAACUGGCUGCGCUGUCAGAUCAAUGCGAUACAGAUGAAGGAGACAGUUGAAGAGAAUGCGAGCACAACUGAGAGGGUUUUCCAGGACCGACAGUAUCAGGUCCUCCUCUUCCAUUAUGAUUGAUUCCCAUUGAUCUCCAUGCACCCCAUAUGAUCGAGUCCUGCGUUUAACUCUACCUAAACUAUCACUAUCAUCUUCACCCUAAUCAUCAUGAUCGCCAGAAGCCCGCUGGAGGAAAGAAGUGACACCACACACGAAUGGCCUGCCAUCUGUCGUUUGGCAUUGGUGUGCAUCUAUCUUGGGCACUUAAGUGUUGACAUGGAUUUUUCCUUCAGGUGGACGCGGCCAUUGUCCGCAUCAUGAAGACGAGGAAGAUACUCAGCCACACGCUCCUGAUAACUGAGCUCUUUCAGCAGGUAGCCUUCAUCUCUCUUGCCUCUCAUAGGCUCCCCCUUCUUGAGCGCAGUCUCCAUAACAGAUAUACGCGGGUGUGUGCUGUUUCUCUGCUGGUUUGCAGCUGAAGUUCCCAAUAAAACCGGGUGACAUAAAGAAGAGGAUCGAGAGCCUCAUCGACAGGGAGUACCUUGAGCGGGACAAGAACAACCCGCAAAUAUACAACUACCUCGCGUGA